UCGCCUCCUCCGGACCUGACUCGUGAAAUAUGUGUAUGCACCCAGAGAGAGGCAGUAGUGCCCGUCAGAGAAUUGUCUAAUGCGUAACAUGAGAUCAUAGACAAUGCUACGCCUGUCAGGGAACGUGUUCAAUAUUCUGCAUAGCACUGGUCUUGCUUCUUUCGCCACAUUAGAACAAGCAACCCCUGCCGUUCCGACUGGAUGCGCAGAUCAAGAUCCGAACAUGUAAAGCACGAGACAUGAUUCUUGACGAUCACUGUAAGCUAGCCAAAAAGUAUAGCCUUGGAAAUACACGCCCAAAACAAUAUGCGAUGGCACGUCAUUCGCAACUUCGAUGCGCAGCAAGAUAGCGAAAUGGUACGUACAUUCCGUGCUUGACGGACCCCAACACAUUCUGUGGUGAAAAGGAAAGCGCUGAGAGGUCGAUCAAGGGAAGGAGAGAAGGAACCGAGGAAGUUCCCGCGACUUCCGAAUUGAUCCGUCUUCUGUCCAAUUACUGGGACGCUCGCUGUAGUAAAGAGCGGUUGUCUAGGAAAUGCGGCAGUUUGUCACUUCUCCUCUAUUGUACUUUCACCGAAUGAUCGAGCUAGCGCUGAUUGAGUCGUCAUCCCCAUAAACGAUAUUGCGAAUACCAAAGCUCUGGCAAUCCCUGCCAGGAAGGUUCUCGCUUAUGUACGGAUAGUGAUAUUACUUCGGUAGUCAUCACCAAGUCACAACUAGAUCUGACUAUACCCUCACUACUGAUAAUCAAAGCUGAACAACCAUCCGAGAUCAUCCGCACUGCUACUUCAUCAUGCAGACAGAACACGACCAGGUCGUCGUGCAUGUACAGCGAGCACUGUCAAAAACCACAUUUUCAUGCUCGAACUUGACCCCACUGAGUGGAGGAACAACCAGCUUCGUAUUCCUAGGCAACUUGAACUACCCUCUUCCGCCUGCAACUGGAUCUGGAACCAGCGACACUCCAAGCAAGGCCAUUGUAAAAUAUGCCGCACAUCAUCUAUCCUGUAGCCCGGAGUUUCUCAUCAACCCUUCUCGAUGUGAAUUCGAAGCCUUGAUGCUUGCGGCUCUGCAAGAUGGUCUGUAUGUCAAUACUCACGCGGAUCGACUUGUAGUCAGUACCCCUAGACUGUACCAUUUCGACCAAGACAAUCACGUUCAAGUGAUGGAGUAUUUCCCAAAUACCACUACCCUCAGGGAUGCUUUGCCGUCUCUGACAGAUUCGCAAGCGACGUCUAUCGGCCGAUCAGUCGGUCUAUGGCUUCGCUCAUUCCAUGAUUGGAGUUCGAAGCCCGAACAAAAACGAUUGCGGGAUACAGUCGAAAGGAACAAAGAUAUGCGCGCGUUGAAGUGGAAGAUUACGUAUGAGCAAGGUACGCAGGUGCUGGAGCGGUUUCCGGACAUCGUGGGAAAGAGGAGUAAGGAGAUGUGGGAUGAGAUUAAAGCUUCUCAUGAGAGUGGUGAAGAAGCGGACAGUGAUGAUGAUUUCGGAGUUACCCAUGGCGACUUCUGGUCUGGAAAUGUGCUUGUUACUGAGACUGCAACCCCCCGGCUUCAUGUUAUCGACUUUGAACUCAGCCAUGUGUCGCAUCGGGCUAUUGAUGCGGGUCAAUUCAUUGGCGAUCUUCUGGAAACUGCACAUUUCGACUCUUCACUCCAGUUAAUGGUCAUCGCGCUGAUCAAAGCUUUCACUACGACAUACGCAAAUGUGGGAGAAGAUAUAGCAUUCCGCAUUGCAAUGCAUGCUGGAGUGCAUAUGAUCAAUUGGUGGAGCAGAGGCCCAAAGCAGGAUGAUAAUCAAGAGGGCAAGGCACUCUUGCACGAAGCAUUAAAAAUUGUGGCAAGAGCCUGGAAGAAAGACAGGGAAUGGAUGAAGAAAAACGAAGCUUUUUGUGACCUGUUCAAAGACUGA